GUUUCGUGCGGCUAUUACAGUGGCAUUUCCUUUACUUGUGUAGCAAGCUGAACAUUUUAUUUUUAGUAACAAAAUGGUAACCGUGCUGGUUUUUAUUAUACAUUUCAUUCUGCUCCCGGUACAGUUGCGUCGCACUUUCAUCCGCCCGCCGCCCCGAUCGCUUAUAAGGGUAAAACUGUGCGGCGAUCGGUGCUUACAAGCCUAAACAUUAUUUUUUUGGGGGAAUGUAGCAGCUAAAAAACUUUCGAUGUGUGGCAUCAUGUGUCUCGGUGUGUAGCUAGAGCACCCCUGCAAGCUCUCGCCCGGCUCUGCUCAUGCGCAUUGUCUGCUGCCUGGUCAAUUUGUCAGUACUCGUGGGAGAAUUUGGAAAUAAUACCAGGUCCAGCGGCUGAGAAACAGCAGGAACUGGGCGCUAGUCAAGCGAGCGAGACAAAAAUAUUUCAAUCACCAUUUCCUUCCAAUCUGUCUGAUAUGGAAGAAUCGGCUGCCAGACCUGGCUGCCCUGAAUUCGACGUCUACGGAGCCAUGGACUGGACAGACGGAGUCGGAACUCUGCCCGGCAGCGAGCUGAAGUUUCGUGUGAAUGAGUUCGGCGUGUUGGAGGUCAUCACCGAAGAUGCAGAACCCGAGGGCAUUAAGAAGGCUCAUGCCACCACCACCUGGGCCAUCCCUACUGCUCAGGAAGCGUUUUCAGCCUCCGCCCCAGGGAAGGAGGGGGGCCCAGAGCUGCCGUGGGCAAGGCCAGGCCUGGUGUGUGUCCGCUGCCACAGAAAGGGCUCCUCCGUGGACUUCCUGGCCGACGGACGACACUGCAGCGAAAGGUGUCUCCGGCAAGACCAGCAGGAGGAAAAGGACACAGCCAGCACCAACGGCGAGGCCGUCAGCGUUGGGCGAAAGCGGUGUGUGGCGUCACGUGGGAUCCCGGCCGAGGAGAUGGAGAUUGCGGCGGACGGCCAGGACGACGACGAGGACUACGAAGAGAAAGCAGACAGGAAGACGGCACGAGGGCCGAACAGGGGUCGGCGAAAAAGGAGGGGGGAUGCAGCCUUACUGAAACACACUGUCCCGUACGGGGGGAAGAGAAAGGUGUGGUGUUGGGCCUCUUACCUGGAGCGGAUGAAAGCCACUGCUGCCCCCAGCAAACUGUUUAAGGAGCACCAGUCGUUCCCACAGAAUAAGAACAGCUUCCGCGUCGGGAUGAAGCUGGAGGGCGUGGACCCGGAACACCCUUCCAUGUACUGCGUGCUGACAGUGGCAGAGGUCUCAGGCCACAGAAUCCGACUGCACUUUGAUAAAUAUUCCGACUGCUAUGACUUCUGGGUAUAUUCAAAUUCUCCUGACAUUCACCCAAUUGGAUGGUGUGAGAAGACGGGACACAAGCUGAACUCCCCAAAAGGUAUGAAAGAGGAGGAGUUCAGCUGGCCAUCUUACAUCAAACUGUGCAAGGCCCAGGCCGCGCCCAAAGCCCUGUUUGAGAACCAGAACACGACCGUCACCCCUUCAGGAUUUCGAAUCGGAAUGAAACUGGAAGCCGUCAACAAGAAAAACCCCGCUUUGAUCUGCGUUGCCACAGUAACGGACAUGGUGGAUAGCAGGUUUUUGGUGCACUUCGAUAACUGGGAUGAGAGCUAUGACUACUGGUGUGAUGCCACAAGCCCUUACAUUCACCCGGUCAACUGGUGUCAGAAGAAUGGAAAGGUCCUGACCACGCCUCCAGGUUACCAGAAUGCGAAGGGUUUCUCCUGGGAGAGGUACCUGGAGGACACCAGCUCACUGCCCGCCCCGGCCAGGGCCUUCAAAGCGAAGCCAGCCCACAGCUUCCAGAAGGGCAUGAAGCUGGAGGCAGUGGACAAGAGGAACACCAUGCUCAUCAGGGUCGUCACCGUGGUGGACACCAACGACCACAGGAUAAAGGUCCACUUUGACGGCUGGACCGACGAGUACGACUACUGGGUGGACGCUGACAGCCCGGACAUCCACCCCGCCGGGUGGUGUGCCAAGACAGGUCACCCCCUCCAGCCCCCCAUUUGCCCCCAGGAGCUGCAGAGUGUCUGCCCCACUCCAGGAUGCAAGGGCAUGGGCCAUAUCAAAGGGGCACGCUACUCCGGCCACCACAGUGCUGUGGGAUGCCCGUAUUCCGACAUUAACAUCAACAAGGACUCGGUGCUGCCCGACCGGCUCAGCGGCGAGAUGCCCGGCUCGGGUUCGAUGGCGGCCCGGCCCAGAAGGGUGGACGGGAGCCCGGACACAGCGGGCGGCGUGACCGACAAGCCCCCGGCCCCCAGCGAAGCGAAGGACCCAGAGGUGGCCGUCUCCGAGCCCGCGCCCGCGCCCAAGAAGCCCGUCACCGGCGAGCCGAAAAGGAGGGUGGGACGGCCUUGCAAGCAGAGAAAAGUGGAGGAGGUACAGGAGGAAGAGGAAGUUGAGAGCGAAGUGUCCUCCAUAAUGGAAACCAAAGAGCUCACCCUCCAGCAGGCUCUGCACCAGUCAGUCUUCAUGCCCUGCGCCUCGCCCGCCCCCAACGUGCCCCUCUGCUGGGACAAGCACAGCAAGCUGCUGCCCACCGUGGCCGGGAUCACGGCCAGCAAGGUGGCUGAGUGGACCGUCGAGCAGGUGACGCAGUUCAUCCAGGGCCUGCCAGGGUGUAAGGAGCACGUGCGCACAUUCAAGGAAGAGCAAAUCGAUGGAGAGGCAUUUCUGCUGCUGACGCAGGUGGACCUGGUAAAAAUCAUGUGCAUCAAGCUGGGGCCUGCCUUAAAGAUCUACAACUCUAUCCUGAUGUUCAAGACCGCCGAGGACUCUUACAAUGAGCUCUAAUGUGGACGAGGAGCCGGGCGACAGCCAAGUUUGAAGCACAAACUUCUCUAAGGAAGUCUUAUCUCAUGCAACCUAAAUGCACAUGAAUUCAAAUCAAUUGCACAGAUUAUUUUUAUUUUCAAGUUUUUUUUUUCUAGAACAAACAGAUCUUUGGGUCCUGAUGACAGCCAUAAUAAGCAUGUGGAGGAUUUCCUAAGAACAUUUCAUGCCACAUCAGUUUUCAAAAUUAUGUUUUGAUUUUGGCAUAAAAUAAAUUCAUAACCAUGUCUACUGAUGAGUUUUGUAAAUAUUAUCAGGGUUACUAGGGUACUUUUCUGAGAACUAUACCGUUAAAAUGUUGGUUUAUUUUGCUAUAAUUUAAUUCAGAAGCAUAGUCAGUCGCAAAGAUCUUUGUCUCAACAGGUACAACCAGACUUAAUCCCUAAAUCAGGGUCUUACUCAAAUUGCGACUGUCAGCCUUAGAUAGUGUCUUUCAAAUUAAAGAUUUCAUGUGUUGAAUCUAGCUGAACCACUUCUUGUGGACUCCCAGACCACGCUGUAAGAAAACAUCGAAAUGCCGUGAUUACCUAGCAGAAUAAAGAGUAAAGCGUGAAUUAUUUUGACCAUAACUGCCCCCUCAAUCUGCUUUAGUGCUGUGGAAGGCAAAUCAUUACUUAAAUUAACAUGUGAAGUAUUUUAUUUUGACUUUCACACUCAUAACACUAGGUUCCAAUAAAUCUUGGCCAAUGCAAAAGUGAGUUAAUUUUCUGCUUAAAAGCUUUAAGUAGCUCCAGAAAGCUUUUAAUGCUCUUCCAAGUGACUGCUUUACUUUAGCACAUGCUGAGAAGACCAUAAUAAGGUCCGUGUUUUAUUUAUAAUUUAUCAACUUCGUCUGUUUACAGAAUCGCAUAAACACAUAAACAGUAAUAUGCAAGUUUCUUUGUCAAGUGUGGUCGAGCGAAACAUUAUGGGAGCAAAACAAGGACAGGAGGGAGAGGUAUUUUCCAGGGUUACAUUUGUAAAGGGUAUACCGUUAUUUAUUUAUUUAACAAUGGUGUUUCCCAGUGCAUUUCGGAUGAAUGCAAUGUGUAUGAAAUUGUGACGUGAACGUGGAAAAAAAGCCCUAUUUGUUUCGAUGCCUGUGACGAGUGCGUGCGCUCACUCAAGCCUUUAUCUGUGACUUGUCGAUACGCAAAUAAACUUGUCAAUUAUUGGUCUUA